AUGACGAGUAUCAAUUCCGGUAGCAAACAUGCCCUUGCCGGUCGAUCGGCUACGGACGGUUCUGCUGAGCAUAUCGCCGUAGCCGUUCUGAUCGGCAUCGCCUGGUACAACGCUUUAGAACUCAUCGUCCUCUGCUUCACAACCUUCAAGCGAUAUGGAGGCCUCUACUUCUGGUGUCUGCUCAUUUCAUCAAUAAGCAUCAUUCCCUUCGGUCUCGGAUACCUUCUCGUCAUCUACGAUAUCUACGACAACUGUUUCUCUAUUGCCAUGGAACUCAUCGCCUGGGUUGGCAUGGUGACCGGCCAGUCGCUGGUCCUCUGGUCGCGAUUACAUCUUGUCGUCCAAAAUCCCAAGAUCCUCCGAGCAACCCUCAUCAUGAUUAUCGUCGACGCGAUCAUCUUCCACAUCCCCGGCUCCGUCCUCGAACUCGGCAGUCACACCAGCGAAGCUGCUCUCUUUAAACAUGGCUUCGAUAUCUUUGAGCGCAUCCAGCUCAUAGGCUUCUCCAUCCAAGAGGUCAUCCUCUCGGCUAUCUACUCCCUCGAGGCCGUCCGACUCCUCAAACUCCGUCCUCGUGGCCACUAUCGUGGCAUUCUUGUCCAACUCCUCGUCGUCAACCUCGCCAUGGUCCUCAUGGAUGCAUCCGUCAUCGCCGUUCAAUACACCGGCAUGUCCGAUAUCCAGUUCACACUGAAGGCAAUGGUAUACAGCGUCAAACUCAAGCUGGAAUACGCCAUCUUGAAUAAAUUGGUCGUCUUUGCAGAGAAGAUGAGCAGCAACUCGAAUCCUACCGACCUAUCGGAUUUCGUGGAUCUUUCCUUCCGCCCGAAUCAGCCGCCCGCGGAUAGCGACAGCCAGGCGCGUAUCUUAGAAGACUCCGAUCAGAAUACUGCGAUACAGCGUAUUCGAGCACCGUCGAAACAAUCUUCGCACGAUCCGCGCAGCUCUACAGGGACCCCUAAUUCUACAUCCAGGGCUAGGAUUGAAAGGGACGAUUGUUUGGCUUGA